AUGGAGACAGCUCAAGAAGAUAUGAAAUUGCUGGGAAUGUUUGGCAUUUACCAAGAAAGCCGCAGAAUCAUGGCUCCAUGGAGAAGAAUAUUCAAUCAAAUAGCCCUCGCUUUCAUCCUCCCUCUCUGCUUCAUUAUUCUAUUCCAGUCAGGACUCUCCAGAUUCCACUUUUCAAGAAUCCCAUACCAGAGCCGCGGUGAAAGGACAUAUAAAUCCACUGAUCAGGUGGUGCACGUUCGUCUGAACCUUAAAUACGUCGCUUUCCCUUUUAUAUUCUCCCUCCUUUCCACUUCUACUGUGGUUCACACCAUUGCCUGCAUAUACGCGAAUCGUGAGGUCACUUUCAAGAAAUUUAUCAACGUUAUUCCACAAGUAUGCAUAAGGAAGCGCCUCAUUGUCACAUCUAUUGCCAUAAUUGUGUUAAUGUUAAUAUACAUCGCGGUAGCUGUGGUAACAGUAGCCUUUUGCUCAGGUAUUGGUGGAUUCGCUUCUUUAGCCCUUACCUUAAUCCUCUCAAUCGGGUACAUAAUCGGGUUCGUGUAUAUCAGUACUGUGUGUCAGCUAGCCAGUGUUGUGACCAUCUUAGAACAGUCUUGCGGAAUUGAGGCAAUGAAGAGAAGUAGGAACCUGAUCAAAGGAAAGUUCCGAAUGGCUCUGUCUCUAUUUUUCAUGUCAAAUGUUCUUGUUUGGACGAUAGAAUUUGUGUUUUAUAAUUUAGUUGUCUCUGAGCUUGUUUCGGGGAUGUGGAAGCGGGCUCUUAUCGCGACAUUUUGCCUAGCAGUACUGGUGACAGUUUAUCUCUAUGGCCUAGUUCUUCAAACAAUCAGCUACUUUGUUUGCAAGUCGUAUCAUAAUGAAAUUAUCGAUAAGCCGACCUUGUCGCAGCAUCUUGGAGAGUAUGAGCGCUUGUAUGAGUAUCCAAGUGUGGUGCAGCUGAGACAGAUUUGUUUGAUUGCUCUGAGCAAGGCUGUUAAGAGCAUCAAUAUCGCGUUGGAUCAGCUCUUAACCAUGUUCUAA